CGUGCAUGUCUGCAUCUGAAAAUAGCUCAAACCGCAGGGCCCGGGCUCUGGAGCAGGGAGUCGCCUCUCACUUUCUCCCCUCUUCUACCCCCCAGAAACGGGCGGCAGCCUGCCACGCUAACCCCGAAAGCCGACGAGUCCGCCUGGACUGGGAGGAGGAGGAGGAAGCGCAGCUGGCUGCCUGGCUGCAUGAAUGCUUGUCAGGACCGACGCGUUGCCGGCCUUGCUCUUAAUGCCUGGACUGUGUGACUUCAAGAUACCAGUGCAAGAAGACCACUUCAACAUGAAUACAGACAGCGGAGGACCAGGUCGCAAGCGCACCAUGCUCUCGCUCACUCUAACCCCCAUGAAGAGAGUCCAGAGCUCCCCAAAUCUGUAUCGACAUGCAGACAAUGAAUCCUCGACUGACACAGAUUUGUGGCGGUCCUACAGCGCCGGGGAUCCACUGAGAAACGGUGACACGGCCUCUUCCUCUUUGGCGGCCAAAGGGUUUAGGAGUGUCCGGCCUAACUUGCGAGAUAAGAAGUCGACCCCUCUGGGCUCGUCUCUUCCCAGACAGAGCUCACCACUGCACCGUGCUGACCGUGGCCCAGGAACACGUAGCCUCCCUAAUCCACUCACGCUGUUCCGCGCCAGCCCGUCGCCUGUCACACCGAGCCCACCCUCGGCACGUUCGGAAAGCAUCUCCUGGCUACCAAGGCCCAGAGCCGGUGCACACGCUCCCCCAAGUGCCCCAGACUCCCAGCAUUCUCGCAGUCUUAGCGGUUUCUCCGGCAGCUCUGCCUAUGGGCUGGCUACAUCAGAGCCUGGACUCCCCCCAUGGCCCUUUGACAAGCCCGCACCGCAGUCCUCUGCUAGUCAGCGGGAGCGGCACACGGCCUUCGUCUCCCUACGCGUUAAUCCUCGGUCUCGUACAGAAGGCAGACACAUGCAGUCACGGUCUCUCGGGUCCCCUGGUCCGCCUAAAAGCACAGGCCUGCCGGAUUCCAGAACGUCCGCUCACCCUCCACUGCCCCCUGCAGCUCAGCAUGUGCUGGGGGCGCCACUGGCUACCAAUCAGGCCUAUCCAGGUCCGCCACUUGCUCCCCAGCCCCAGCUCUCCUUCGACUACAGCAGCUGUAGGGCCUCAGACAUCCAGCCCCGGGCCCUUUCGCCCGGGCCGGUCUCCCUCGGCCCGGGGCUAGGGCCGGGGCCGAGCCGCUGCACCUCGAGCAGCCAGAGCGAGGCCUCCGCGGCCGCACUGGAGGAGCUGGAGGAGCUGAAGACGCGCGGACCUGACCCGGAGGGAGGCGCAGACACCCCCUCGCCCAACCUCUGCCACCUCAGCGCCGUCACUGAUGACGCGGCGCUAAAUGCCGCUGUGGCUGUCGCCACCCACGUAACUAUCCACCGGCUGCUGGGACAUCGCCGGUUCUGGUUUACUCUUUUCUUUUUGUCGGUUUAUGGAUGUUUCUCUCGUACUUUUCAUACCGGAGCACCUGCUCUGGUUUCUGUCUCCCGACUCCUAUCGCCUGACGCGUUGCGCUCCUUAUUUGUGAGUGUGAAUGGGAGCGUAGGCACGAGCCUGAAGAGUCACCAACAGAGACCCUUCUCCCCAUCCACAUACCCCCCUCUGCCCACCCUCAGCUACAACCUCUCGGCCGUGCGGCAGGGACCCAGCACACCCUCCGAGCCCAGCACUCCGAUCAGUUUGGGAUCAGUGGGAUCAGCCCGUACUCCAGAGGAUGAGAGGAAAGAAACACGGGGCAGAACUCCUCAAUUCUCUGGAAUCGGCCCUGUAGACGAGUCUGGCUUUCCCAUCGGCAUCAGGACAACAGUGGACAGGCCAAAAGACUGGUACAAGACUAUGUUUAAGCAGAUUCAUGUGGUGCGUAAACCAGAGGAGGAAUUUUCUGCUUCCCGUAGCGCCACAUAUCCUGCUUCGAACGCUGAGAAGCGCGGCGUGUCUAAUGCUGUUCAGGCACACCCGGCCCCUGUGAGCGCCACCUACAGGCUGAUCGCAAAGAGCAUCUCCGAAAACGGCACAUGCGGCUUCCGGGCGCCUGGCUCCUCCCCCCUGUCCACGUCAUCGUCAGAUCAGAUGCCACUUCAGGACCGUGACCUCCAUCACGUGACCUCCGGCGGCACAGCGGACGGAAACGAAUGGGGUCCUCCAGACAGAAAAGUGGAUACUCGCAAAUACAGAGCAGAACCCAGGAGUAUUUUUGACUAUGAGCCAGGGAAAUCCUCCAUUCUAGAGCAGGAAAGAGUGAGUAACGUAAACCCCGACGAGCUAGAUUUAGAGAAUGAGCCCUGGUAUAAGUUCUUUGCCGAGCUGGAGUUCGGCCGUCCGCCUCCCAAAAAACGCCUGGAUCACAAUCCAGAGAGCGUGCGCCGACUCCACCCCGAGACCUCCCUUUAUCAGCCAUCGGACAGAAGCCUGGAACGCCCACUGAGUUCGGCCAGUGAUGCUGGCAUGAGACGCAGGUCGGAGCCUGAAACUGCCCAGCCCAGGCCUCGUAGCAGCCUGAGCUCUGCCUGGGGCGCGAGGAAAGCAUCGGAGCCUGCCGCAGCCCGCCUGCCCGAAGCGCCCAGGAGAGGCAGCACCCAGAGGAAGCCCCUUGCCAGCUCUCUCUGCUCCGCCUCCGGGUCAAAAGGUGGGGUUAUUAACACAGUGCACUCAGUACAUUUAAAUGCUCAAAGUCUUAACCAUGAUACCUCGCCUGAGACAGUAGCCACGUAUCCAAGUGACUACCAAGAAGAGGACAUGGACAUGCUGCCUGGCUCAGAGGGCCUAAGGAAUGGCUGGCCGACCGAGUCCGAGAGCCCUGCGGUCAGGAGCCGCCCAGAGGAGACAUCUCCUAAGCUGAAAUCGUGGAGCUGUGAUGAUCUCCUGUCAGAGGGCCAGGGGAAAGGUGUGCUAGAAGGGAAUCGCUGCGAGAGCACCGGCUCUCUGGUGCAGAAUGGAGAAGCAGAAGGAUCUCCACACAGUCACGGUGCAGGGGAGCUCAACGAGCACAGCAGGCUCCGCUCGGCCCACGACGCGCCGGGCUUCCUCACACUCUACAAGAAGAUGCACCACAUCAACCGACAAGAGCUGAUCAACCCGGACGUUGUCUACUCCGUGAGAGCCAGGAUCCGUAGGUACGAGAGCGAGCAGCACAAGUACCGCCGGCUGGCCGCCGAUGGGCGCAGCAACGUGGUGCCUCAAGACAUGGUGCCGAACCGGAUCACGCAAUUUGAGAGUCUGAUCCAGAAAUCCAAAUCCAUGCCAGACCUCGGGAGCGAAUGUCAAUCUAGGACGCCCUUCAGGAGGAACAGCAGCCCGAAUCGGAGCUACUCCGUCGAAUCCGUUCUGGACGAAGAUCCACCAGCCAGGAACCCACCCGAGGGUCGGCCGCGGCACCCGGAAAUCCGCAGGCGCGUGCCGGUUCACAUCCAUGUCACCAGCGGCCACCUGCGACCCUCCACGGUGCAGCAGGAUGGCUCAGACAGCGACCACGACGCCACGGUGUCUGACCUUAGUGACUUCGUCCAGAUCGAGGGCUCAUCCUUGUGCAGCGAGAGCGACUUUGACCAUUGCUCCUUCGCGUCCUCUGAGAGCUUCUGCAGUAGGAACCAUCGCUGCCCGAGGCAGCUAGUGAGCUCAUGCAAAGGCAGAUGCCCGGCCUCCUACACACGUUUCACCACCAUGGUACGGCACGAGAGGUCCAAGCAAGAGCGACGGCGGCGGCUCCGCGCGGAAGAGUCCGACACGGGCCUCGGCAAGCUCGCCUUCCUGGUCAGCCCCGUGCCCUUCCGCAGGAAAAAGCCCCGCCCCCCGGGGCACGGCCGUGGGCCGACGCCCGGGAGCUGCGCUUAUGAAGCGCUGGACUCGGUCCUCAGGGACAUCUACGAGCGCAUCCGCACCGAGAAGCGCCGCGGCAGCCUGACGGACAACGGCAUCCUCUGCAGGCUGCUGGCCGAGCUGCUUCCCGACAUCCCCGAGCGGGACGCCUGGCGAGAGACCCUCCAGUCGUACCACUCCCGGCCCGAUGGCACAUGCAGCCAGGGCUGUUGCCGCCCGGAGCGCUCCUGCCUGGCCUACAUUGCCUCCUGCGUGGAAGGCAGCAGCGGCCAGGCCGACCACGACUGUCAGCACUGCUGUCAAGAUGAAGGCACAUACAGAAGUUACUCCUUACCUGACGUAGGACGACACACUCCGCAGAGCAGGAAGCCCACACCUGAAGUCAGAGAGAGACUGCCAGCCAGAGCAAUAUAUGACUUCAAGGCACUAACAGCAAAGGAACUAUCAUUCAAAAAGGGGGCUACUGUGUACAUCACACGGCAGAUAGACAAUAACUGGUACGAAGGAGCUCAUCAUGGGAAAGCAGGAAUCUUUCCCAUCUCUUAUGUGGAGAAACUGCCUUCAUCGGAGAGGCACCAGCCGGCCAGGCCUCCCCCGCCAGUGCAGAGCAGGGAGACGGGCGAAGCUGUGGCUCGCUACGACUUCAACGCCGACACCAACGUGGAGCUGUCGUUAAGGAAGGGCGAGCGGGUCGCACUGCUGCGCCAGGUGGAUCAGAACUGGUUCGAGGGGAGGAUCCCAGACACGAAGAAGCAGGGCAUCUUUCCCGUGUCCUACGUGGAUGUCAUCAAGAAAUCGCCCGCAAAAAGCUCUGGCCAGCCUCCCGAAGCCCCAGUGCCUCAGAGCUACCCCGGCGACCGAGUGCACAGCAGGCCGUCGUGCGCGCGCCCCUCCGCCGUGCAGCUCCGGGGGGCGCCGCUCUGCCCCGCCCCCGCGCCUCCCCCCCUACCCUCCACCUUCUGGCUUAACUGCGCGGCGUCGGACCCGCCGGCUUCCCCCUCGCCCGCCCCCGCCACCGCCGGACGGAGUGGCCGCUCUCCGGUCCUCCUGCCCCGCCCUCUUGACCGGUCGCUCAAAGAGGGCCACUUUAUUCCCAUCGGCUCCGUCGCAUCCCCGGACCCCAGCUCGUCGCCCCUGGCCUCUGCCUCCUGCACCCCUUCUCCCGUCUCGCCCACCUUCGACUUCAGCCUGAGGCGCAAGAGCGGCGCAGAGCUGCCGGCGAGCCGCAAACCCGCAGGCUCUCUGGAGAAAGAGCCGCCGUUCCCCACCGACGAAGGCGCCUAUGGCUCUGACGAGUCGGACACGCCGAGGUCUUGCAGCACCGUUGACCUGAUCGUGUACGAGCCCCACGAAUGCCCCACGUCCAAUAAAUUCACACUGCCCUCCACGGAAGCUGAGGAGGACGUGUGUGAAGAGCUUGUGUCCAUCAUCCAAGCCAGCCAAUCAAAGUGCCCGGCCGUGGAAGAAGCAGGCUUUUAUAGGCAGGCACCGAUCGUGAUGGAGGAGCUACCAAGACUAUUCAUAGAGGAGGACCUGAGUGAAAACAGCAGGUCUUACUCAGAUGCCCAGUCAUCCAAUACCUUUACUCCAGUCCGGCCAGUCCAUAGUGAGAUGUCAGAACUGGAGCAGGCUGAAGUUACCCAGAAUGCCUCUCUGCGCACCUCACCCCCUCUCUCGCAGGCACCUCUGACCUCCACACCCCCUUCCCCGCGCUCCACCCCCCCAAUCCCAGGGGUCUCCCACUCUCCUCCACCUUCCUCCAAACACCUCCGCUCCCCCAAGGUCAAGCCAGUGUUAAGACACGAGGUGAUGGUUGUUGGUAAGCCCCCCCGCAGUCCCGUGAUGUCUCGGAGGUCCUGUGGAUCGCCUGUUAGAGGGCAAAACCAUUCGCCGUCUCACAGGUCUCACCGGCCGGCUCACGCGCAGGACCCACUUCACGCGCCUGGCGAACCGUUUCAGGCCGCGUAUAAUUACAUGCCGCGUAAUGAGGACGAGCUGGAGCUGAAGGAGGGCGACGUCGUUGACGUGAUGGAGAAAUGUGAUGACGGGUGGUUUGUCGGAACAUCCAGGCGGAGCAAGUUUUUCGGGACCUUCCCCGGGAACUACGUGAAGCGGCUCUAGGACGAGCGCCGCUCUGCGCCCUGAAGCCACAGAGACAGACAACGCCCCCUAGCGCCCAGAAGAAGCACACGCUUCCUCAUAGCCCCACAAAGCACAAUGCAGCAUGUCACCUGGAUGCUGGAUUCGCUGGCCUUGGAGUGAAUUACUACAGAGUACUGGUUAAACUCUGGUUAAAUUCUGGGGUGAUUAUACACAUAGGACUGCGUGGAUUUUUUUUUUUUUUUUUUUUUUUUUUGAAUAAAACAUGUAUGUGACUUUUAGUACAGCUGAUGAAUUUCAAUAUGAAGAAGCAACCAAGUGUGCUAUUUAUCGUUUUAUUUAUUAAGAGGCAUUUAUAUAUAUAUAUAGAUAUAUAUAUAUUUUUUUUCUUUUCUUUUCUUCUUUUGGGGACAUUUGGAAGGUGAGAGGGAGUAGGCUAGGAAUGUUCUGUCAUUACUCGGAACAAGUGUGUGCCCCUGCUAACGCGGACCUGAUGUCAGAUAAGAACGUCUGAUCUGAUGUCUGAUCUAAUCUAGGCUUAAUCUAGAUCGAACAGUAUUGCAGUGUCAUACAGAGUAGGACGGUUCACACCGGUGGCGACGCUGCUCGCGGUAUGCACUUCCUCAUAGCGCCUCAUCCAGAAUCAGCCUUGGCGGAUUUGCUAUGAUUCUAUUUUCUGUCCUCCAGACAAUUCCUAUAAGCGUCUGAAGGAUUUUGCAGACUAAAAUGUGUAUGGUGUUUUUAGGUCAAAAGAAGUAAUAUUUUAUAGAAUGCAAUAUUCCUUAACCUCCAUUUUGGACAAUAACCGGGUUUCAUGCAUAAGAUUAUCAAUGAACUGAACCACAAUAAUGUCUUCUGCCUAGACUACUAUUUUAUGCUGUAUGAUCUUGCACACCGUAUUCUCUUAUUUAUAAAUGAGUAAGAGAAACACGAGUAAACAUCAUUAUGUCUUGUAUGUGAUAUAUACCCUUAUGUAUGUAUGACUUAAUUUGAGAGAAUUUUCAAAAAUUAUUUUGAUUUAACCAACGUGUCAGACAUUUUAUUUUAAUUCUGGAUAAUAUACAUAAUAUAUUCUGUUACUUUUUUAUCACGUUACAAUUCAAUUCUCACCUAGCCUGCACCUUGUUAGUUGUCAUGUUCAUUUGUACAAUGAAAAUAUGCAGAAUUAGAUUUUUCUAAACAACAAGUGGUUUUGAUACUCGAUAGUGUAGCAGAACUCAGCCAGGAUCAUCUGCAAUAUUGUGACAAGCGUUACUAGUAUUAUAAUGACAUAAUGCCUCAUUUUCUUUUGCUGACGUCACUGUAUUUCCGUGCCGUUUGAUCCCCUACAUGGUGUCAAUAACAGUUAGUACGACAUGUCUCUUACAGAAUCAUUUCUUCUCGAGAAGUCUCGAGAUGCAUCCAGCGACUACUGCCACCGUAAGGCAAUGCUGUCAUGGAAAAAAAAAGCUUCGACGGCCGCGCCGAGCCCGAGGAGUAGGUCCGUGCUCACCGACCUCAUUUGGUGUUGGGAUCAGCCAGUGAUCUGAGAUCGUGGGCUUUAUUUAUGUGGGAGCUGGCUACGCUCCUUUGAACUAGUCGCCCGUAGUCUUCCAUCCUUCCAUCCGGCUCCCACUUAAGGAGUUCACCCGGUGCGUCGUUUUACCAAAUAUCCUUUAUGCGAUCUAAUGCGCAAUUAGUAUUAAGUGUUAAUCUGACACUUAGCUGAAGCCGUCUUGAUAAUCAAGUGCGGAAUGUCUAGAAUUUCUGUAAAACUUGGGAAAGUGUCUCGUGGUUGUGUGGGUAUAGUAGGCUGCAUUUAGUCGGUAUUUUACUGGACUUUGGGGUUAAUGUAGUGUUUUUUCACAUGUACGGUGUCAACCAGAUUUAGCCUGAAAGUAGCAUUCAUAAACUCACACAGCUAUUUCCUCUCAGACACAUGAAAGUUCCAUUAACAUAUAACCCCAAUCUGCCAAACCAACGUGAUUUAAGACAGAUUUCCUGCAUCUUAAAUGUACCCUUUUCUGUUCACUUAAGCACUGAUUGAGUGUAGUUUUGCAUACACAGGUUAAAAAAUCGGUGAUGCGAAAUCCGGAAUGGCUUGUGUAGCUCCACUCAACAACACAGCAAACUGUGGACUCCGUAACCAAGGCUCCCCUAGUGGGAAUUAUGUGUCUUUGAUACCAUAGAGACUGAAAAUAUACUUUCCAAUAUAAAUGACUUCUUCCAGUAUCUUCCCCUUUGUGUACAGUAUUCCACAGGGAAAUCACAUCUUAGCAACAGUAAAAGCAAUCUUUGACAUCAAGGCCAAUAUGUACUUGUUUUUUUGUUUCUGUGCAUACAUUAAUAAACUGCAUCUGAUCCGA